AUGUUUCCUGAUUCACAAACCGAAAUGCAGCAUACCAGUGACCACGAUAAAAAUGAAAUUAAUCAGAUAAAGUUAAACCUAAAUAUUUCUGAUAUUAGCGGUGAAAAGACUCAUACUAGUGAGUCUUUUGAACCCGUUUCCUCGAGUACUGAUGGCUUAAAUCAAAGUGGGUCAAGCCCGAGAAAAAUGUUAAGUAAAAUUAGACUGUCCAUUAACAAUGGAGAAGAUAUUGAAGAUUUUUUAGUUUUUUAUAUAACGCCAAAAGAGGAACAGUCGACAGCCAUUAAGGAUGUUUUAAACAUCAUUGAUAAACUAGAAUUGACUGGAGUACAAAGCAAACAUUUGUGGGAAAAUGUCUUUGAAAGUCUUCAAAACAGCGAUACAUAUGUAAGUGACAAAGAAAAAAUAGCGACAAUUCACGAAUUAAUUAAGGAGAAAUAUAGAUUGGCCUUAGAGGUGGAUGACGACCAAAAUCAAUAUUGUCAUGCAUCUGGUAAUCAAUGUACCAAUUUGCAUUGCUAUGGAAGAAACCGUACUUCAACUACUUCAAUAUUGAAUAAACCCGAUUCUACGCUAAAGCUAGAAAGUGCACUGCAUCCACAGAACGUACUAGAAGAUUGCCUUUUAAAAGUUGGACCUAGUUUGACAGAAUAUAGUCCUAUUACACCAAGGUACGAAAAAUUGUUUUCAACGACACCUUUCACGAAUACUAGGAAUGCGACUGGGUCAGAUGAUAAAACCGCCGAGAAUUCAAUUUCCAUUUACAGAAACAAAAACAGAAACUGCGAAAACGCUGAUGAUCGGCGUUUAGAAGAAAAUAUAAAUAUUUUGACCAACCACAAAACACAUAAUUUACUUAAAAAGUAUGCUACGCAAAAUGAGCUGAUCAAUCAAAGUUCGAGGGCCGUGAAUGUGUGUAGAAGUUAUCCAGACUUUUUUGAUCCACAGGUCAUCGUGGAAUCUGAAAAGAUUUUAUUGUUAGCAAAUAUAAGAAAAGAGGCUAUACACAACGCACUACAAAGAUUAGACAUUGAUACUGAAGAUUCCAUAACGUCCGGUACACUAAAAAUCGAAAAUAUAUCUUUAUACACAAAAAGUAUGAGUUCUAGAGCUUCUCAGCAGCUUAACAGCUAUUACGUUUGCGUGGCCCACUACGGAACUACUGUUUAUGCAACAAAAACAGUUCAGCAGUAUUUCAAUACAAUAAUUAAAUUUGAAGAUAUUUUCACUUUCGAGAAUAUUAAUUCAGAUUUUGAAGUAACAGUUAGCAUUUACGGACUUCAGCAAAAGAUGCCACAACAUUCAAUAUGGCCACCAAAAAUAAAGGGACUAAAAUUACCUCUGCCUAACAUUGUAAAAGAAUCAUUUUUCGUUCUGUGGGGUACACGCACCAUCAGACCUUGUCAAAGACAUUAUAGUAUAUACGAUCUCCAGAAAACUCCAUUAGACUCACCGAUCGUUAGUACAUUCAAAGCAAACGUUACCAUUGAUUUCGUUAUUCGUGUGAGAGAGACAGGAUACCUCACUUUAGGUAUCGUAAUCCAAGACUACAUCCGUUGGGACGAAAAGUGGUGUAUAUUAGAAGGAUAUAAACUAAAAUAUUGGGACUCUCAACAGGAUGCAAUCAGUCGUUCACCGGAGGGUGAGAUAAAUUUGAAAAGUUGUGUUUCGUAUCAACUUGAUGAUGAUCUUGAUGAAGAUAUCUGCCCAAAUCCUACAACUGUAUGUAUAACUAUCAAAGAUGAAAGAAACAAGAGAAAAUAUUUUUUCUUAUCCACUGAUGACCUCGCUGACUUCGAAAAAUGGACCCAACAGAUAAACACUGUAUUCUUUCACUUGAAAAAAUGGACUCAGGGUGGCAAUCGUCGACGAUAA